AUGUCUGCGCGCGCGCACGCUCUCCUUUGCGCGCUGUGCGCCCUCCUCGCGCUGGCGACCACCGCACACCGCGCCCACGGAGAAUCGGUUGUGUGCACUCAAGACGGCCUGUACGCGGACUACGAUACGGAAUGCAAGGAGUACGUGCGGUGUGCGUCAGGCGUUGUGCGCAAAAGAUACGCCUGCCGCGCGGGGCGGGUGUUCAGCGAGGCGGCGGGUGCUUGCGUGCCGCGGCGCCGCAGGCCGUGCAUCCGGCGCGUGUGCAUCGCCGACGACGCGAUGGCGUACGCGACGCCCGGGACGGCGUGUCGCCAAUACUACCGCUGUGAGAACGGCACGGCGGUCGACCACACGUGCCCCUCGGGCUCGUGGUUCGACCUGGACCGGCAGGCGUGUUCGCGCGGCGCCGGCACCUGCUACGAGCCGCUGUGUGCCGGCCUACCCGACGGCGACUAUCCAGACUCGUCGCACGAGUGCCGGCGCACGCUGCGCUGCCGAGGCGCCCAACUCCGCUCGGUCGCCUCCUGCCCGGGUGGCACCUGCGCGGCCACCUGCCCGCCGCCCCGCGCCGCCGCGAUCCCCUUGCCGGCCGGCGACGCCGACUUCUGCUCCGACGAGGUGUGCUCGUCCCUGUGCCAGCAGGCCCCCGACGGCGCUUACGCGGACCGCUCGACGGGGUGCCGUGAAUACUUCGUCUGCGAAUCGCGACGAGUCAUCCGAAGGGGGGUGUGCGAGCCGGGCCUGCUGUUCUCGAACGGCGGCUGCGAGCCGGUGGCGCGCGCGUACUGCCCUCCCCCUGCCCGCAGCCCCUGCUUCAACCGCCAGGACGGGCGGUACCGCGAUUGGCGCGACUGCAAGUCCUGGUUCGAGUGCCGCCGAGAAAGAGUGGUCGCGCGCGGCGCGUGUGAUUCCGACUUGGUGUUCGACGGCUCCAAGUGUGUUCCGCCGAAGGUGUUCUCGUGCGAAGGGCCGGUCGAGUCGCAAACGUGCGAAGGCAUGCCGAGUGGAACCUACCAGGACCUCGAAUCUAACUGCACGAAGUACUACCAUUGCGAAGGCUCGCUGAGAACGGAGUUGAAGUGUCCCAACGGGCUCAUUUACGAUGGUGCGCGAUGUUCGCCCGCGGCCCGGUACCUGUGCCCCAGUCUGGACCGCGACUCAUGUUACGGACGGCCGGACGGUCGCUACCGAGCGGUCGACACAGGGUGCCGCGGGUAUUAUGCCUGCAUCGGGGGUGAGAAGGCCGUGUAUGCGUGCGCCGUCGGCUACGUGUUCGACGGAGAGAACUGCGUUCCAUCAAGACCAGACCUCUGCCCCGCAGAGGACUAUUCCUGUACAGGAAUGGCCGACGGGUACCACGCCGAGAUAGAGACCAGUUGUCAUAGAUAUUUCUACUGCCAGGGAGGCGAUCGGCUGGCCACACUGUCGUGCCUUGGCGGGAAAAUCUUCGACGGGCACGCGUGCGUCGAGCCAUCGCACCACGAGUGCGGCGCCCACAGGAAGGGCAUCGUCGAAAAUGGCGGCAAAAAUUGCGAACGGGACGGCUUCUUCGUCCAGCAGGGGACGGAGUGCAAGGCUUACUACUUCUGCGUGCUCGGCACGAGGACCUACCUCAACUGCCCGACGGGCCAAGUGUUCAACGGUCAAGUGUGCGUGUCAAAGAGCCAGUACUCGUGCCCGGGA